ACUCCAACUCAUUUGCCUCCCAAACAGUCUUAUCUGAAUCGUAGGUACUCUUCCGUUGAGCUUUAUCGUUGCUAGUUGUCAAGCUUUUCAAAGCGCCCCGGCUAUUGGAUUUAUAACUCAAGCGGAUUCCGGAUCGCGAAUGUGCGUGUUUUACCGAAUCGCGGCUUUGCGGAGUUAGUGGAUAUAAUGUGUUUUUACACCGAAUUGGAUAAAUUUUGAAUUUAUUAACUUCACUAGACGAGAAUAUGUUCCCACACACGAUUAAAAAUGUCAGCCCAGACAUUCAUGAAAAGCUCUCGAAUCAUUUCAUAGGUGGGAAAGAUGGAUUUGUUCAAGUUGGAAAGGAGAAAUGGAUGCUGCCCGCAAAAUACGCCGAGCAGGCUGCCGGUUACUACAAUUUUCCUCCGAGGUCUGAUGAUGUUUGGAUAAUGACUUUUCCACGAUCAGGCACAACAUGGUGCCAAGAGCUGAUCUGGCUAAUGAAGAACGAUUUAGACUUCAAAAAAUCGUCAGAGAGCUUACUGUCGGAAAGGUCGCCGUUUUUUGAGCUUAGUUUCCUCUACAAUGAUGAUCUAAAGAAGCACUAUCUUGACUUGAACCAGGAUCCUACAAUCGUAAAGUACCUGAACUACAUAUGGACUCCCGGCUAUGAAUAUUGUGCCGAUUUACCAAGUCCACGAGUGAUCAAGACCCACAUGCCUUUCACUCUCCUCUCUCCAUCUUUGCUUGAAACUAGCAAAGUUAUUUACGUGGCACGGAACCCAAAAGAUGUGUUCAUCUCGUAUUAUCACCAUAACAAACUUGUCAAUAUUUUAUAUCACGGAUAUCGAGGUGACAUGCAAUCCUACUGGAAAUUUUUCAAGGAGGAGCUAGUUUGUUUCAGUCCAUACUGGGAACAUUUGCGACAAGCCUGGGCUCGACGCAAUCAUCCAAACAUGCUAUUUUUAUUUUACGAGCAUUUAUCGAGGGAUUUGCGUUUGGAGAUAAAGAGAAUCGCAAAGUUUCUGGACUUGCAGUAUUCCGAAGAACAAUUCCAGCAACUGGUUGAUCACUUAAAAAUCGAAAAUUUUCGACAGAAUGUGCCCGUUUGGCCAGAACUGAAAGGAAUUUUUGCUGAAAAUGAAGGAGACUUUAUUCGAGAAGGGAAAGUUGGCGGAGGCGAUCCAGAAAUGACCCCUGAGCUACUGGAGGAAAUAGAAAAGUGGACAGAAGCCAAUCUACAGGGUACAGACCUUAGAUUUCCAGUUAAGAGAUGACGUCACUCCUGUCUGCUCAAGAAGCGGAAAACAACAAUUGUAAAUGAAACUCAGCCUGAAGGAAUCAAGCUCCGCAGAGAGUACCAUUUUGGGGCUCACUAAGUCAAUAAGCUACACAAACUUUUUCUAACGAUAUUAUCACAAGAAUUCUCCUUUAUUUCAUUUAAGGUGACACAAGGGAACCGAACAAAAACUCAAAAUGCAACCAGCAAUACCCUCACCGAUUCCUGUGUUCGUUGUACCUUGAUAAUACGAUUCGAUUUGAUGCUCCUCACAUGUCCACAUUCUAGUGGGUUUUACCAGUGAUGAUUAACUUUUUGCUGCAAAGCAGUGAGCCAUAGGAGAAAAAUAGAUUUGACGGAAAGAAAGUCUAACACUUAUCAAUUUUGACAUUUAUUGCGAAUGCUCAUGACAGCCUUUAUGCAGUUAGUCUUAUCAGCCUGUUUUUUAUCAGAUUAACUGUUCUGUUAUCCAUCUCUAACAAUACAAGCCUAAACCAAAAAGCUUCAAGGAAAA